GGGAGGGGGGCGGGGGCCGGGGCGAAGUGACCAGGCGGCGGCGGCGGCGGCUCUGCUGAGGUGACAACGUGCUAGCAGCCCUCGCUCGCUCUCGGCGCCUCCUCGGCCUCGGCGUCCGCUCUGGCCGCGCUCGAGGAGCCCUUCAGCCCGCCGCUGCGCUAUGAGGGCCCCUCUCUGGGGCUUGCCGAGGCUGGAGCCGGCUCCCUCUGCUCGCGGGCAAGUGUGAAGACCGAGGCGCGGGCGGGAGCCGGGGCUGCGCGCGGCGCUAGCGGGCCGGCGCGGGUUCCAGGUGAGCGCGGACUCAGCGAGCCCCGCAGUCGGCGCGGCCGGCCGGCGCCUGCUGGGCUUGAUCUGAGGCUGAAUCCCGUGUGUGGACCGCCGUUCCCUCUUCGCGGGAUCGUUGGCCAGGAUAGCAGAUGCAUUUUUGUAGAAGCAUUUUGAGGAUGAAUGUUUGAAAAUCAUUUUGAAAUUGCUAAGUGCCACAUACAUGGAAUGUAUCCUGCUUUCAUCUUGGAGUUCACCUGUGUGGCUUGGAUUUAUCACAGUAGCAUUUGUCUUCAAUCUGUGUGUUAACUAGAAAUCAAGGAAAGACAUGAGGAGAUUUGUUUACUGCAAGGUGGUUCUAGCCACUUCACUGAUGUGGGUUCUUGUUGAUGUCUUCUUACUGCUGUACUUCAGUGAAUGUAACAAAUGUGAUGACAAGAAGGAGAGAUCUCUGCUUCCUGCAUUGAGGGCUGUUAUUUCAAGAAACCCAGAAGGGCCAGGAGAAAUGGGAAAAGCUGUGUUGAUUCCUAAAGAUGACCAGGAGAAAAUGAAAGAGCUGUUUAAAAUCAAUCAGUUUAACCUUAUGGCCAGUGAUUUGAUUGCCCUUAAUAGAAGUCUGCCAGAUGUAAGAUUAGAAGGAUGUAAGACAAAAGUCUACCCUGAUGAACUUCCAAACACAAGUGUAGUCAUUGUGUUUCAUAAUGAAGCUUGGAGCACUCUCCUUAGAACUGUUUACAGUGUGAUAAAUCGUUCCCCACACUAUCUACUCUCUGAGGUCAUCUUGGUAGAUGAUGCCAGUGAAAGAGAUUUUCUCAAGUUGACAUUAGAGAAUUAUGUGAAAAAUUUAGAAGUGCCAGUAAAAAUUAUUAGGAUGGAAGAACGCUCUGGGUUAAUACGUGCGCGUCUUCGAGGAGCAGCUGCUUCAAAAGGGCAGGUUAUAACUUUUCUUGAUGCACACUGUGAAUGCACGUUAGGAUGGCUGGAGCCUUUGCUGGCAAGAAUAAAGGAAGACAGGAAAACAGUUGUCUGCCCUAUCAUUGAUGUGAUUAGUGAUGAUACUUUUGAAUAUAUGGCUGGGUCAGACAUGACUUAUGGGGGUUUUAACUGGAAACUGAAUUUCCGCUGGUAUCCUGUUCCCCAAAGAGAAAUGGACAGGAGGAAAGGAGACAGAACAUUACCUGUCAGGACCCCUACUAUGGCUGGUGGCCUAUUUUCUAUUGACAGAAACUACUUUGAAGAGAUAGGAACUUACGAUGCAGGAAUGGAUAUCUGGGGUGGAGAGAAUCUUGAAAUGUCUUUUAGGAUUUGGCAAUGUGGAGGCUCCUUGGAGAUUGUUACUUGCUCCCAUGUUGGUCAUGUUUUUCGGAAGGCGACUCCAUACACUUUUCCUGGUGGCACUGGUCAUGUCAUCAACAAGAACAACAGGAGACUGGCAGAAGUUUGGAUGGAUGAAUUUAAAGAUUUCUUCUACAUCAUAUCCCCAGGUGUUGUCAAAGUGGAUUAUGGAGAUGUGUCAGUCAGAAAAACACUAAGAGAAAAUCUGAAGUGUAAGCCCUUUUCUUGGUACCUAGAAAACAUCUAUCCGGACUCCCAGAUCCCGAGACGUUAUUACUCACUUGGUGAGAUAAGAAAUGUUGAAACCAAUCAGUGUUUAGACAACAUGGGCCGCAAGGAAAAUGAAAAAGUGGGUAUAUUCAACUGUCAUGGUAUGGGAGGAAAUCAGCAUGGGAAAUUGACCUUAUGGAGGAAGAGGAUAGAAACAACAUAGGCAGACUAAUGACAAAGCAUUCAGAAAUGAUUCCAUUUAUUGUUUCACUGCUUCAUAAUGAAUGUGACUGGCCUCUACUGCCAAAAACCAAUGGAGUCCUGAUGAAUUCAUCUGGAAACAACAAAAUGCUUAACUAUAAGAGGACUAAAUGUGUGGGGGCUUAAUUUUCUCACAUAAUAAGAAUUCUGACAUUUGUUUAGGACCUCAGUGAUUUCAUAAAGAAAUCAAAAACUUUAUAUCUUUCCAUUCUUUAGUGUUUAGAGUUAACUUUUAUCAUCAGCUGGUCAGAAGAGGACUACUGAAAUUCCAGACAUCAUGUCCACAUUCAAGGCAGAAUAUAAAGUCAGGGAAGAACUGCAAUGCCAUAUCUGUUUUUCUUUUAGGAAAAGCAAAAGCCUUCCCAGAGGCUCUACACAUCUCAGUGUAUCUCUCUUUAGGUAAAAAUGUGUUACUUGGGCAUCCCUAGUACAACAAAACACUGAAUAUUUAACCCCACACUCACAAGUAGCUGCUUCUUACAGUUCAUUUACCAAGAUAUUGGGGGGACAUUUAGAAGUGCCAGCCAUAAUCUGUUUAAACAACUUAUGGCAAAAAAAUCAGCUAAUUAUCUGCUCCAUAAUGUCAUACAGAAUUAAAGAAACACUGCUUAUGAAAUCUCUCUUAUUCUAUUCCUUAUGAAAAUGAGAAAGGUACCCCAGAUGAAUUCUCUGCAUAGAAUCAUUACAGUGCCAUAUUAAAAAUUACUUUAUUCAUCUACAUGUUUUCAAAUACCCAGAAAUAAGCUAUCUCACUCUACUGCAAACUUCUUGUUGGCAGUCCUAUAUCUUACUCCUGUUUUCAUACCCAGCACCUGCUACAGUCUUGGGACAUGGUAAGCACCUAACGAAUACUAGGCAAGUAAAUAGAUGAAAGAUUGUAUGGUCAGAACAGUAGAUUUGUACGUUAGAACUUUGUAGACAUUGCCAAGAAAUAAUGAGCUGUUAUUUUCAUAGUAACUAAAAGUAUAUAAAAACAGCUCAGGGAUUCAUAAAGAAAGUGAUCAAAUAAUAAUAAGCAUAAAAUCUAUCCCUACUUUUAUUCUAAUGUGCUCUACAAGAUCAAUUUAAUAACAAGAUAGAAAUUAAAACCAUUGUUUUUCCAUCUACAUACUUAAUUGCACACACACACACACACACACAAAGUUUCUGGAGCCCUUUUUGUUAUAACACAAACAAUGGAAACAAUUCAGUAUUUACCAAGAGGGGAAUGGUUAAAUAAAGCAUGGUAUACAUAUAGUAUACAAAGCUGUAUACCGUGAAAAUGACUGAGGGAGGUCUGCACGUGUGUCACUAGAACUUCAAAAGAGAAAAACAAUCCAGACAACUUAUUUCCAAUAAUCUCAUUUAUGAAAAAAUAUGUGAACAUUUUUCUAUAUAUAGUAUCUGUAUAUUUAUAUGGAUGCUAUGUAAUCUAUUACAAAUCUAUAAAAAUCUAUCUGGAAUAUAGAUUGUAUCUGGCGAGUGGGUAUCUGGAAAUAAGACUGACUUGGAAAAGAAAUUUUCCUUUUUACCCCACAUAUUUCUGCAUACAGUAGUACAUGUAUUUACUUCAUAAUUAAAUAAGAAUGGGGAAAUUUAAACUAUUGAGACUAGAAGAACAUUGUUGUGUUGCAUUACCCCGAUCUGAUUAAUUGGGUAACUUAUGGCAAGUUACAUAAUAUUUUUGAGCUUUGACAUUGAUUGUCCAUAAAAUGAACAAAAGAUUUCACUCACAUUUUUUCUAACACUAGGAAAAUUCAUAAAAAAAUUAACACUAAACAUAGCACAUACUAGACAUGCAGUAUGUAUUGAUCCAUUGCCAUUAAUUAGCCCUUUUACUUGUUAUUUCUAUUGAUGUUGUUAAUUCUCUUAUUUCUGAAGUUAAAAAAUGUUCAUUCAGUGGCUACUGUUACAAGCAAGAUAAAAGCACAACACUUCAUAUGGUAUUGUUGAUCUCAAAACAAUGAACAACCUCUCCUGUAACUCUAACAAAUACAUAUUAUGGAAAAAUUUAACCAUCAUAUAAAACUCAAUUAUUAUGAAUUCUGCUCUGAUGGAAUUCAAUAUUUCUAAGAUCGUUAAUACUAGGAACCUGUUUCAGUUUUUGUCUUUCUCACUUUAAUAAAAAACAGAUUUUAGAAUUUUAUUCUCAGAAUUACCCUCCCUGGUUUUAUUGCUAUUCUUCUAUGUUACCAUGGAAGCAGCAUUUAUUUUUAUGGUUAUUUAGUUUUGAAUGUUUUAUAAGUAGCCCCCAACCCAUAAAAAUCACUUAAGCUUCUCUCUCUUGCUUUUACACCAAAAUCAUAACAAAUGUUAAAAUCCUUUUUUAACUUAGUUACAUUUCUAAAAAAAGGUAUUUUUUUUGUUUGUCGACAAUUAUACCUUAACCAUGUCUCCUUGCAUAGGAGUUUUGAUAGUUUAGGGGUUUUUUAAGGCCUUGGAAACAUCAGGAAGAAACUUACUUUUCAGUAGUUGUUAGAAAUAAUUUUCUUAAACACUCAGAUUUCCAGCAAAAUCUAAAUGGAGUCAAUGAAAGUUUUUGUAGCAGGAAUACUGCAAAAGCUAACAACUGGAGAAUUAUUAUUCAAUUCAACAUGACUAUUUUGAAGUGCUCUUUUUUUAAAGCCUUAUAAAUAAAAACCGUCUUACUCAAAGAAUAACAAAAUUCAGCACUCCAUUUAUAUCUAUUCUUGCAAUGAUUUCUUUUGAUCUUCAAGCAACUUCAUGAUAAUCAUUAACACUUUGAAAAGAAUAAGAAUAAUUUGAUUAACUUGGAUAUAAACUUUUACAAGUGAAAGGCAGAAGUUACAAUUUGCUGAAAUAAAGUAUAGCAGUUAUGAGAUUGUCUUCUCUGUACUUCUGAAAGAUGGCAUGGAUUCCUGGAAGCACUUCCAUGUCCCGUACAAUGUUAAUGACUCAGAUUUACAUGUACAGCCCCAGCCUCUCUCCUGAGCUCUAGAAUCUAUAGCCAGUUAAUUAUCGUUAAUGUCUGCAGACAUCUCAAACCCACCUGUUUCCAAACUGAACUCAUUUCCUUUGACACAAUCAUCCAAAAUGGAAACCUAACAUAGAAACUUACUUCUGGAGCCCAAUUAGUCACCCAAUCUCAACACUUCUAUGGAAAAAUGUCCCUACAUCUUAGUGCUUUUAUAACCAGGAUCUCUGCUUUUGUUCUAGCCUAUACCUACUUUUACCCAUAUGGAUUUAAAACCUCAUUAUUUUCAUGACUCAUAAUUCAUGCUACAUUAGUUUAACAUCUCAUUACAUUUUCAGCAGCUUUCCACUGCCCAAAGAAUAAAUGCCAAAUUCUUUCCUAUGAUAUACAAAACCCCUCAUAAUUGUAUUCCCAUUUGGUUUUCCAGCUGAUCUACCUUGAUGUCCCAUCAGUCUCCUGUGCUCUAGACAUAUGUCUCAUAAUUUCUCAUUCCUUGCAUGCCUUCAGUGUUUUCCUAUCCUGGCAGUUCACUUACACUUUUCUCUGAAAUUGAGCUGUUGGCUACACUCUGCUCCACUAAAAAACUUAAGACACACUCACUGUUGAAAACCCAACAAUUUAGCUUCUCUUUUGCUAGCUAUUCAUUAGCAACUCCUUAACCUAAACAGGAUACAUUUUUAAUGGAUAAACUGUAAUUUAUUCCUUGUUUUAUUGUUUAACAUACAAUAUUUACAAAAGUUCGUUGUUAUAAACCAGGCCCAUCAAUUUCCUUGUAGCUAAAAUCUGGCAAUCACCAAUAUUUACUUCUUGAGAAAUAUCUCUAGAAGUACAUUUGCUACAGGACACAUUUUUAAUGGAUAAGCUAUAAUUUAUUCUUUUAUUGUUUAACAUACAAUAUUUGUAAAUGUUCAGUAUUAUAAACCAAGCCUAUCAAUUUCCUUGUAGCUAAAAUCUGGUGAUCACUAAUAUUUACUUCUUUAUAAAUAUGUCUAGAAGUACAUUUGCUCAAUCAAAGGUUAUGCAAAAUUAGAAGGCUUUUAAGGUAUAAUAACAAAUUGUUCUUUUUUCUUAAGAUUUCAGCAAAUAAGACUAAUAGCUAAAAUAAAAAGGACUCUGAUAAACAUUUAAUACAAAUUACCCUCUUUGAGUCUUACAAUGAUCUUUGAAGUAGAUAGUGUUAUUAUCUUAUUUUACUUAUGAAUGUAAUGGAAAUCUUGAGUGAUUAGUAUCAUGAUUGAAAUGGUAAAGCCAGUGUGAACCUAAGUCUGAUUCCACACCAGGUUUAUAGUCACUGUAUUUGCAUUGAUUUCCAACCACACUUUCCAGGAUUAUAAUUGCAGUGGCCAACCCUGUGUAUAUUUUUUUGUUUUUUAUCUUUGCCAUUUUAGUAUGGGAGAAACAUUUUAUCUUGUUUCAACCAUAUUUCUAGCAUUAUCAGUGCAUUUAAUGAUUUUAAAAACUGGCAUUUAAACAUUUCAAAAAUUGUUAUUGCAAAUUUUCUAGUGAUAUUGUUGCUUAUAUUUCCAUUGGGGGUUGAAGGGGUUCUUUUUUCUCUUGUCAUGUAUAAGAAUACUUUGUUAAAUAUUAUUGCCCUUGUCAUGCAUUUUGCAAACAUUUUUCUGACUUUUUGUUUACAGAUUUUUUUAUAUACAGACUUUUCAACAGUUUAUAUAUUCAAACCAAUGUUUGCCUUAAUACUUUCUCUUUUUUUGUGUAGAAAUGCCAUUCAUUUUUAAAGUGCUUUGAAACAAUAUUUAUAUCAUCAUAAAGGCAUAAUAUCAAAAUUGGUACUCAGAUCAUAGUCUUAUUAGGAAUAUAUCUACUCAAACUGAUACUAAUUUUUAUUUAAAAUUUACAUAAUAUAGCUGGGCAUGGUGGCAUGCAUCUGUAGUACCAUCUAUUCAGAAGGCUAAGGCAAGAAGAUCUCUUGCACAUAGGAGUUUGAGUCCAGCCUGGGAAAUGUAGCAAAACCCCAUCUCUAGAAAAAAAAAAAAAAAAACUCUAAUACAUAAAAUAUAUUUAUAAUUAAGUAAAAAUUAAAUUAACG